UUGCGGCUUUCCUCAGCUACACUGCUCUGUCUCCAUUGGCAGAGAAGAAAAGCUUAAACUCUCUCUCUCUCUCUCUCUCUCUCUCUCUCUCUAAUCUCAAUCGAGCUCUCUGGCUGCCAUUAGCAACAACAGAAGCGACCUUUCUGUGGACGCUAAAGGCUUCAAAACGCUUCCUUGAUUUCGGUGCUUUGAAGAAAUAUAGAGAGGAUAAGAAAGGGGAUUGGUUUCUUCUCUGCUUUUGCCUUUUCUUUGUUGUAUCUCUCUCGCUCUCUCUCUCUUCUCCACUUUGUGUUUUGAACUUUAUUUCUUAGCUUUAGUUCCUCACAGUGAUUUGGAUUUCGGGGAUAGAAACCUUUGGACUGCAGAGAGAUCUCAAAUUUCUUCUCUGUUUCUUGUGGAAGUUGAGAUUCUGCUGUUUUCAGUGGUGGGGUGGAUGUGUUAAGGUGGCUUUUUUCUAGUUUUAGCUCUUUCUGCUUUUUCUGAAUUCGUGACUGAAUUAUUGGAGCUCUGGAGAAAGAUUACGUAGCGUUUGGAAAGGGUGGUACUGGUAGCUGGUGUUGAUAGUGCUUUUCUGUUGAUGCUCUAAUGGCGAAGAGGCGGAAAUGGGGGUGGAUUCCAGUUUUCGGUUCAGGUGGAGCUUAAUUGGUUUUUGUUACUUAAAGUGACUUGAUUUGGUGUUCGAUCCGUCUGAAGCAGCUUGAUGCUUGGAGUUCUAACUAAUUUGAAGUUUUCGAGAGCUUGCCUGUUGAUGGAAAGCUGAAGAAGAGAGCAGAAUUUGCCAGUAUCACCUGAAUCUCAGCUGAAUCUUAUCAUUUGUUGUUAUUGUCUUUCAUCUACGAUCUAGGGUUUUUUUUUUCUUUCUUUCAUUUCCGAUCUAGUUAAUUUGCGGGGGUUAGAUUAUUUAAUUUGGAGUCCUGAUCAUCACUCAUUAGGGGAUGUAUGCGUCUCUAGCAUCCUCGAAAGACAUGAGUCUUUUGUUUCCUUCGACCUUCAAGCAUUCGGAACCAAAACUGCAACAUAAGAGCAGAGAAACCAUGGCUUCGGACCCCAAUCAUCGCCACCAACAGCAGCAGCUGAAUCCCGGUACGAUGCCGUUGCGCUCUGCAACGAGCUCCCUGCUUGAAAACUACGUGGACGGUAGCAGUGGUGAGGGCGAAGGAGGUACCGAGGAUUUCCUCCAGCCUCAUUCGUCGAGUCCCGAGGCAGAGAGCAUGUUCGCAAGGUUCAUGUCUUGUGGUGGUGGUGGUGGUGGCGUUGGUUCUCCUUCACCUGAUGUUCGUGAGAUCGGCGAUAUGUCUCCAGCAAUAUCGGCAACCGCGAGAGUGGUUAAUCAGAGGAAUUCCCAGUUCAUGACAUCGAUGGAGCAGGAAGCGGAGGUUGUUCCUCAGCAGAAUGGGUACCCUUCAGUUUCCCAGAUGCUUUAUCAAGCUGCGCCACCGGCUCCUCUACCUAGUCAGAGCUCAGCCACCAUGGAUAAUUCUUACAGGAUGGUGAAUUCGAUGGCCUUGGAUCACAAGAAUCCUCCUCGGUUGAAGGCAGCUGGCUCCAAUCUUAUCAGGCAUAGCAGCUCUCCCGCCGGGCUUUUUUCUCACCUAAACGUGGAAAACGCAGGCUACGGUUUAGCGAGGGGAGUGGGGAAUUUCAGAGCGGGGAAUGGUACUAAUAGAGAAGCAGCUCCAGCAACGAGCAGGUUGAAGAAUCAGAUAAAUUUCUCAUCUGGGUCACCCUCUUCCUCGGGGCUAAUGUCUCAGAUCUCUGAAAUUGGGAAUGAAAGCAUCGAAGCUAACAGCCCAGAUGAUGGGAGCUUGGGAAACAGCAAUGGCAGCAAUCGAUGUUACAUCCCGAGCUUCCAGAUUGGUUCUUGGGAUGAUUCUGCACUUGUUUCGGAGAAUUUCUCUGGCCUGAAAAGAGUUAGAGAUGCCAAUGGAAAGAUGCUUUCUGGUUUAAAUCCAUCGGAGACUCAGAAUGGAGAAGCAGGGAACCGCCGUUAUGGUUUGACCCAUCAUUCUAGCUUGCCAAAGACUUCCUCCGAGAUGGCUGCCAUGGAAAAAUUUAAUUUUUUACAGUUUCAAGACUCUGUUCCUUGUAAGAUCCGUGCCAAGCGGGGUUGUGCCACUCACCCACGGAGCAUUGCAGAGAGGGUGAGAAGAACUCGGAUUAGUGAAAGAAUGAGGAAAUUGCAGGAGCUUGUACCCAACAUGGACAAGCAAACCAACACUGCCGAUAUGUUAGAUUUGGCCGUGGAUUACAUAAAAGAACUCCAAAAACAGGUCAAGAAGCUCACGGAUAAUCAGGGUAACUGUAUCUGUUCCGGGAAGCCGAAACCUUACAUAAGUCCUGUGGUGUGACUUGCUUCUGUACAGUAAAUAAAAGAAUGUAUGGCAGAGGAGAUAGUGAACAAAGCUGACUCUUCAUUGUAGGAUAACAGAAGAGGAAGAAGAAGAGACUAUCAAUGGCUGGAUGUGGAGGAGAGAGAAAAGGCUGCUAAUAAUCUCUUCUGCAGAAAAAGACCCAUGCCCACUAGGCUAACAAAAGUUACCGAUGAAUCCAUAGAAGACAAAGAUAGAACUGUAUAGAACAUGUUUGGCAAAAUACCUUUGUAUGCAUGUACCGGUUUAGUGAGGAGUAGGACCUCUUUAUAUCAAUUCUCAUCUCAAUUCAACUGGUGUCGCCCAAAA